UUCACCUAUUUUGGAAAAUUGCAUCCAGUUUGUGUCAACAUUACGCCGCUGCACCAUGGAUUUAGCUUUCAGCAAAAAAAUAAUGCGUUCUUGGCUCAAAAUGCUUUUAAUUCUUAUGACAAUUUUCGUAAUGCAUAUCCAGUGUCUGCAAUUAAGCGGGCAAUCAAUUAAAGAUGCUAUUGCCGAAUACAGACUCCUAGACGUUAUCGACGAUAAUCAUUUACAAGGCAUCGAAUUCAUACAUGCCGAUGAUGGCUUUCCCGCUUAUAAAUUUUUGCCGACAGCGGACGUUAAAUCACCGUACCGCAUGUUAUUGCCGGAAAAAUUACAAGAAUUUGCGAUUGAAGUUAUCUAUCAACCGAAUUCGGCAAAAGGUGGUUAUUUGUUUAGUGUGGUCAACCCUUUAGAUACAAUUGUCCAAUUGGGCGUACACUUUUCGCCAGUAAUUAAAGAUACAUGGAAUAUAUCAUUGAUUUAUACUCCGCCCGAAAAUAGUCAUGCCCAGAAAAAACUGGUUACCUAUCAAUUACCUUACGAGCCAAAGAAAUGGACUUCAAUAGCAUUUCGUAUUCUAAGCGAUAAGGUAGUAUUUUAUUAUGAUUGUGAAAUUAAAGAGACUACAAUGGUAGUUAGAGAACCGCUGGAAAUGAUAUUUGAUUCAGCAUCUACAUUAUAUCUCGCACAAGCUGGGCCAAUAUUAGAGGGUCACUACGAGGGCUCAUUGCAAAAGUUAAAUAUUUACGGUAAUCCAGACGCUUUAUCGACCACAUGCAAAGCGCCCGUCAAAGAAAAGAUUUUAUCUGAUAAUUUCUUAGAAUCUGGAAGUUCCGGAUUGGACUUAUUUGAAGAUGGUGAAAUUAUUGAUUGGGGAAGUUCUGGAGUGUUGCCACUACUCGAAGAUACGGGCGAUUUAGCCGAUGUAAAUUUAUGGAAUACUGCCACAGGCAAUUACGAUGGCAGUGGUAUGCCGCCAACUCAGUCACAAUAUCCUCAUGAACGACCCUUUCGUACGUUAAAAGGUGAGAAAGGCGAACGGGGCGCUAAAGGUCCGCCCGGCGAUAGUAUACGUGGUCCACCAGGACCACCAGGACCUAAAGGUGAACCCGGCACUUCGGCACCUUUUUUCGACUUCAAUUCCAAUCCCGAAGCGAAAUACUCUAGCAAGUGUAUUUGCAAUGCAUCCGAUAUCCUAGCAGCAAUUAAAGACAACGAUUUACUACGUGAAACACUGCGCGGUCCGCCAGGCUUGCCGGGCAAGGAGGGAAAAACUGGUGCUCCUGGACGUACGCAUUUUAUGGAACGAAGUCUUAUGCAAUACAUCAAACGUAAAAUGGGUGCUACUGGGGUCCAAGGUGAACGCGGUGCCCCCGGUUCUAAAGGCGACCGCGGCGAUAGGGGCGAUCCUGGACCUCGUGGUCCCGAAGGUCUCCAGGGUCAAAAAGGUGAACCAGGUGUUGACGGUUUACCCGGUGUGGUUGGCCCGCCUGGUCCACCUGGUCCACCUGGUUUACCUGAAAGCUAUGAUGAAUCUUUAAUGGGCAACUCAAUGGGAGCAUUGCGUAGCAAUAGCCCAGGACCAAAAGGGGAGCUAGGUGUUAAAGGUGAGAUGGGUCGAUCUGGCGAACGCGGUCAGCCGGGGCAAAAAGGCGAACGAGGUGAUCCUGGUAUGACUGGAGAAAAAGGUGACAGGGGCCAUCAAGGACCGCAUGGGCCGUCUGGUGCUAAAGGAGAACCCGGCCAACCGGGUGUUCCUGGCAUUUCUGGUGCACCCGGUGCAACAGGUCUGAAAGGUGAUCGAGGAUUACCCGGCGAAAUAGGUGCAAUGGGACCAGCCGGACCUCCAGGGCAGAUCGUUUACGCUGACACGCCAUUCGGAACUCAAAAUGUUACACAGUGUAUGUGCCCUGCUGGACCACCAGGACCAAUUGGCCCCCGCGGUCCAUCCGGUUAUGAUGGAUCAUCCGGUUUGAACGGUGAACCGGGUCCAGCUGGUUCGAUCGGUUUGACCGGCCUGCCUGGUGCAAAAGGCGAGAAAGGCGAAAAAGGUUUGCGUGGUUUGAGCGGACCGAAAGGUGAUCGAGGACCUGAAGGUCCACCAGGACAGGCCUUUUUCGCCGGUGGUUUCGAAGGCAUGGCUACGAAUGGCACGAAGGGUGAUAAAGGUGAAAAGGGUAUGCGUGGUCGUCGCGGCAAACCGGGAACAGCUGGACCCAUAGGAGCUCCGGGCAAACCAGGUCAAAUUGGCGAAAUGGGACAUUCGGGACGCCCAGGUAUUCCAGGUCCUAAAGGUGAUAUGGGAUCAAAAGGGCAAAAAGGUGAACCAGGCGGACGUGAAGGUGUUAAAGGUGAUAAGGGGGACCGUGGCCAAGACGGUCGAGAUGGUUUGCCAGGACCGCCGGGCUUACCAGCACCCGCAGGCGAGGGAGUUCAAUAUAUACCUAUGCCAGGACCUCCGGGUCCACCAGGACCCUCUCUUCUUCGAGCAGGACCACCUGGACCACCAGGUCCACCUGGACCGCCUAGUCACAGUAGAAUGCCACAACAUGAUCGGGAUGAAGAGGAAGAAGCGCCGUACUAUUCGGCCUCUUCAACGUGGAAUAUGCGCAUUGUUCCGGGCGCGGUUACAUUUCCCAAUAUUGAUGAAAUGACUAAGAAAUCCGCUAUGAAUCCGCCUGGUACUUUAGCUUAUAUUACAGAAGAGGAAGCUCUGUUAGUACGAGUAAAUAAAGGUUGGCAAUAUAUUGCGCUUGGCACGUUGGUACCGAUUGCCACACCAGCCCCACCGACCACAAUAGCACCACCUAUACGCAUUGAUAUACAGUCGUCGAAUUUAUUAAACAAUUUACCGCCAUUACUCAAUACGCCAACGUUUACAACAGCGCCGGAAUACGAAACGUGGUAUCCACGUAUGCUAAGGAUAGCUGCGCUAAAUGAGCCCUACAUUGGGGACUUACAAGGUAUACGUGGAGCUGAUUUCGCUUGCUAUCGUCAAGGUAGAAGAGCCGGCUUGCUGGGCACCUUCAAAGCAUUUCUAUCAUCAAGAGUACAAAAUCUUGAUUCCAUUGUACGAGCUGCCGACCGUGAACUACCUGUUGUAAAUACGCGUGGUGAUGUUCUAUUCAAUUCCUGGAAAGGCAUAUUUAAUGGUCAAGGUGGCUUCUUUUCACAAGCACCACGCAUCUAUAGCUUCAGUGGCAAAAACGUUUUAACCGAUCCGCUUUGGCCUCAAAAGCAUGUCUGGCACGGUGCUUUACCCAACGGUGAACGUUCGAUUGACACAUAUUGCGAUGCGUGGCAUUCGGGGGCGAGAGAUAAAUUUGGUUAUGCCAGCAAUUUACUGGGGAACAAACUGCUUGAUCAGGACCGUCAAACAUGCGACAGCAAAUUGAUAGUGUUGUGCGUUGAGGCGCUGUCGCAGGAUCGAAGAAAAAAACGUGAUUUGAGUGACAGUGAUAUUGAAUUCCAUACAGCUGCUGAAUAUGAAGAACAUCUUAAGUGGUUGUUAACUUGAAACUAAAUCAGUUCUGUGUAUAAAUUAGAAAUGGGCUUCCAAACUAUAUAGAAGCAACCAUAGCAUAAACAUUAUUCCGAACAUCCUCUUCAUCAAGAACAAGAAUAACAUCAUAGCUAUGAAAUCACUAAAAGAAUAUAACAAAAAUUUGCCAUAAAAUACAUUCAAUCGACAAAGGAAGCCAGGCAUUGCCAAAAGGAAAAAAAAAAAAAAAAAA